GUCUGUAGGCCGGCCGGGUUCUGGGAUCCAGGCCGCCCGCCGCAAUGCCGAGCCCCCGGAGGAACAUCGAGGGACGCCCCCUGGUCGCCUCUGCCUCCAGCAGCAGCAGCAGCAGCAGCCCCGGAAGCCCGGCCCAUGGCGGCAGCAGCAGGUUCGAGUUCCAGUCCCUGCUGAGCAGCCGCGCGUCGGGCGGGGACCCCACCUGCGCCCGGCUCCGGGUGUCCGACAGCCCGGUGCACCGCCGCGGCUCCUUCCCGCUGGCAGGAGCCGUCCCCUCGCAGGCGCCCCCGCCCCCGCUGCCCGAGGAGGACCGCAUGGACUUGAACCCGUCCUUCCUGGGCAUCGCCCUGCGCUCCCUGCUGGCCAUCGACCUGUGGCUGUCCAAGAAGCUGGGGGUGUGCGCGGGGGAGAGUUCGUCCUGGGGCAGCGUGCGGCCCCUUAUGAAGCUGCUGGAGAUCUCUGGACACGGCAUCCCCUGGCUGCUAGGUACCCUCUACUGCCUGUCCAGGAGCGACAGCUGGGCGGGGCGCGAGGUGCUGAUGAACCUGCUCUUUGCCCUGCUUUUGGACCUGCUGCUGGUGGCCCUGCUCAAGGGGCUGGUCCGCAGGCGUCGCCCAGCCCACAACCAGAUGGAUAUGUUUGUCACCCUCUCAGUGGACAAAUACUCCUUCCCCUCGGGCCAUGCCACCAGGGCUGCUCUGGUGUCACGGUUCAUCUUGAACCACCUGGUGCUGGCCAUUCCUCUGAGGGUGCUGGUGGUACUGUGGGCCUUCAUCUUGGGCCUCUCCAGGGUCAUGCUAGGGCGACACAAUGUCACCGACGUGGCUUUUGGCUUUUUUUGGGGCUACAUGCAGUAUAGCAUCGUGGACUAUUGCUGGCUCUCACCUCACAAUGCUCCCCUCCUCUUUGUACUAUGGAAUUAACAAUGACACCAACUCAUUCAUUAUGGCUUUCCACAUGCGAUCAUGGGACAUAAACCAGCAGCCAUCCUGCUUGAUAUAAACCAGCAGCCAUCCCGCUUGUCCCUCUUAGGACAUUUCAGGCUUCCUUUGGGAUUUCAGGUGUCCUACCAUCUUGGGUCACUGGGUUGGAGCACAUGCUGGCCAUUACUGACCACAGCCAUAUCACAGAAAGAAAAAAAAAUCCCUCUAUUAUCCAUUCAACAACUGUUUUUAUCUCCAGGACAACUGCAAAGAAACCAAGCCGGGGUGAUUGUAAUGUUGCUGUUUUUUAAAAGUUGACAUGAGGGCCUUGCAGGUUUGGCUCAGCGGUUAGAGCAUCUGCCCUCAGACUGAAGGUUCAAGGGUUCGACAUCAGGAAAACUGUGUUUUGUAGUGAUCUUAUACGUCAACAUAUCACUUGUAAAUUGAAUUUUGAAAAAGAAACAGUAUCUUCAUUCUGUAAAUAUACAUGCAGAUAAGCUGCAUAUUAAUCCUACUUCUUAGUUAUUUAAGAGUCUAAGACAUAGGUUUUUCUAGUUUAUUCACUGAAGAUCUGUUGCCACAACUGAGGAGAUUUCCUCUUAAUCUUGAUUUUUCUUGGUAAGCAUUUUUAGUUUAUUGUCUCUUCCAUCUUUAUGGACUGGGUAGUGAAAGUUUAUAGUACAUACCUUUUUCACCUUUACCUCCUCAAAAGAUCUUUAAAUUGCCCUGGACGGUUUGGCUCAGCGGUUAGAGCAUCGGCCUGCGCUCCCGAGAGACCCGGGUUCG